AGUCAACCAACGUUCUACAGUGUCAUCACACAAGUACUGCACAAGAAUCUCAGCCGAGGUCUUGUUCAAGCGAUCAGAUAUAUGGUAUCGCCGGGUAUUGUCAUUCCUGUCCUAUUGCUACUCCUACUCAUCAUCUAUUUUCUGUUCGCGCUGGUUCGUGGUCUACGUGAGGCCAAUACUGAUCUCUCGAAUCAGCUAAUGCAUGUGAGUGACAAUGCUCUGGCACAGGGUAUAAUAAUGAUUUUGCUGUGA